CUGGCUAGUAAGUACUCUACUUCCACCACGGUGCUCACUUCGAAUUCGGUUCUCCGGCUGUUCACAUGGCCGGGUCACAGAUACUUAAGCACAAUACUCGAUUAUCCCAAGGCAGAGUGCUCUUCCCAAGCAAUUGUCAGCAUGUCCGCAAAAUCGUUCCGCCAGUUGCUCGGAAUAUCCGACAUCACUGCUUCUCCAACUGACUCUGCCCUCAUAGUAAUCGACGCACAGAACGAAUAUGCUUUUGGUGCUUUGGCAGUCACCAACGUCACUUCCAGUGCCGCCGUAAUCGCCUCUCUUCUCGAGAAGUAUCGUCAAGCGAACGGAAAAAUCGUCCAUGUCCUCCAUCAAACGCCCGACGGCGCGCCGCUGUUCACUCCGGGGACCGACUUGGCUGAGGAGAUGAAGGAAGUGAAGGCAAAGGAUGCUGAGGAAAUUAUUUGGAAGAAUUAUCCUGGCAGUUUUACAGGGACGCGAUUAGGUGAACUGUUGAAAGGAUGGGGUACCAAGAAGGUUGUACUGGUAGGAUAUAUGGCGCAUGUCUGCGUCAGCACGACGGCGAGAGAGGCGUAUCAGAGCGGUUACCAGGUCAUCUUGGUCGAGGAUGGGAUUGGUGAUCGAGACAUUCCAGGAGCCACGGGAGAAGAAAUCAAGAAAUACGCGCUGCUCGAAAUACAUGAUGUUUUUGGAACAGUGUUGAAGAGUAGCGAUCUCAAAUAAUUGACUUUCAGCGUAACUACGGUGCUCUUGGUUCAUGAUUGGAGGUUCGCUUGCUUUGAAUAAGUUAUUUCUAUGCUUGUAAUACAUGGGUAUCAUACAUAUGUACAUUUAUUGAGCCUAGUUAUGGUUCACGCCGUUUACACCGUUAAGCUGGACCAUCCUCGCAUUCUCCGUCAAGAUCUUAUUCAACCCUUCUCUUUUCAUGCAGCUUG